AUCACUGACCUUGGAAGCUGCUGGAGCCACGAUUCAGUCCCCUGGACUGUAGAUAAAGGCCCUUUCUUGCCAGGUGCUGAGACAACCACACUAUGAGAGGCACUCCAGGAGACGCUGACGGUGGAGGAAGGGCCAUCUAUCAAUCAAUGUGUAAACCUAUUACUGGGACUAUUAAUGAUUUGAAUCAGCAAGUGUGGACCCUUCAGGGUCAGAACCUUGUGGCAGUUCCACGAAGUGACAGUGUGACCCCAGUCACUGUUGCUGUUAUCACGUGCAAGUAUCCAGAGGCUCUUGAGCAAGGCAGAGGGGAUCCCAUUUAUUUGGGAAUCCAGAAUCCAGAAAUGUGUUUGUAUUGUGAGAAGGUUGGAGAACAGCCCACGUUGCAGCUAAAAGAGCAGAAGAUCAUGGAUCUGUAUGGCCAACCCGAGCCCGUGAAACCCUUCCUUUUCUACCGUGUCAAGACUGGUAGGACCUCCACCCUUGAGUCUGUGGCCUUCCCGGACUGGUUCAUUGCCUCCUCCAAGAGAGACCAGCCCAUCAUCCUGACUUCAGAACUUGGGAAGUCAUACAACACUGCCUUUGAAUUAAAUAUAAAUGACUGAACUCAGCCUAGAGGUGGCAGCGUGGUCUUUGUCUUAAGGUUUCUGGUUCCCAAUGUGUUUUUGUCUACAUUUUCUUAGUGUCAUUUUCACGCUGGUGCUGAGAUAGGAGCAAAGCUGCUGUUAUCAUCUCAUUUUAUAAUGAAGAAGAAGCAAUUACUUCAUAGCAACUGAAGAACAGGAUGUGGGCUCAGAAGCAGGAGAGCUGGGUGGUAUAAGGCUGUCCUCUCAAGCUGGUGCUGUGUAGGCCACAAGGCAUCUGCAUGAGUGACUUUAAGACUCAAAGACCAAACACUGAGCUUUCUUCUAGGGGUGGGUAUGAAGAUGCUUCAGAGCUCAUGCGUCUUACCCACGAUGGCAUGACUAGCACAGAGCUGAUCUCUGUUUCUGUUUUGCUUUAUUUCCUCUUGGGAUGAUAUCAUCCAGUCUUUAUAUGUUGCCAAUAUACCUCAUUGUGUGUAAUAGAACCUUCUUAGCAUUAAGACCUUGUAAACAAAAAUAAUUCUUGUGUUAAGUUAAAUCAUUUUUGUCCUAAUUGUAAUGUGUAAUCUUAAAGUUAAAUAAACUUUGUGUAUUUAUAUAAUAAUAAAGCUAAAACUGAUAUAAAAUAAA